GGCGGUGACGUCCAUGCGACAUGCCGCGGUCCUCCGGCGUGCGUCGGCCAGAUUCAAACGUUUCCACCACUGAAGCAGUCCCCGUGCAUGGACGCUCUUGUUCGCCGCCAUUUAGAUGCAGCCCCGAACGCGUUUGAUGCGCUGCCCACUGGAGAAAAAGUGUUUCAAGUCGGAUUGGUCGUCCUCCUCGUGCUGUUGGCGGCGCUCUUCUCGGGGCUUACCCUUGGCCUCAUGUGCCUCGACAAGUUUGGGUUGCAGAUUGUCGUCGACGCGGGAGAAGACCCCCACGCGACGGACGACGAAAAAAACAAUGCAAAGUAUGCCAAGAAGAUUCAAAAGGUCCGCAAGGACGGGCACCUCCUCCUCACGUCGCUGCUCAUUGCCAACGUGUCUGUCAGUACGAUCCUCUCGAUACUGCUGGCCGACAUGACAUCCGGCGUCACGGGCUUUCUCAUUUCAACCGUGGUGCUUGUCCUGUUUGGCGAACUCCUUCCUCAAGCGCUGUGCUCGCGCCAUCCUCUUUACAUUGGCGCAAAGUCGCUCCCGAUCGUGUGGUUCUUCGUUGUGGCGCUCUACGUCAUUUCAAAGCCGAUCGCGCUGUGUUUGGACUGGUUGCUCGGCCGUGAAAUCGGCAACUUGUUUUCCAAACGCGAGAUUGGCAAGAUGCUCGAUAUUCACGUGAAGCAAAACAUGUUGGACCCCGACGAGACGGACAUCAUGCGCGGCGCGUUGCAUUUCAAGAGCAAGGUCGUCGCCGCCGUCAUGACGCCGAUCGACAAAGUGUACUCGCUGCCGACAACGACCAAGUUGGACCUAGCCACGAUCCGCCACAUUUACCAACAAGGCUACAGUCGCAUCCCGGUCUACCACAAGGACAUCAACGACAUCGUGGGGCUCAUAUUUGUCAAGGAUCUCAUCUUUGCCGACCCGUCCGAAGCAACGACGCUGCUGCAUUUUGUCCACGUGUUUGGGCGAGGCGUGCACCGCGUAUGGCCAGACUCGACGCUCGGCGACGUGCUGCAGGCGUUCAAAAUGGGCCGCACCCACCUUGCUUUGGUGCACGACGUCAACAAUGCUGGGCCCGGCGAUCCGUUCUACGAGACCAAAGGCAUUGUCACCCUCGAAGACAUCGUGGAAGAGAUCUUGCAAGCCGAUAUCUACGACGAAAGCGACCAAAUCGAUGCCGAUGUGACGAGGAAGAACCGACUGAGCCACCGCAGCUACGAUACGGGAGUCGGCCGCGUGCUCCAGGACACCAUGCAUGCGAAAAAGCUAGCGAAACCAGAGGCGGAUGCUUUGGCCAAACACUUGGUCGCGGUGGAGCCUGUGUUUCGCACGGCGGGUGCCAACGGCGCUCCGAUGGACGUGGACGCGGUGUCGGCCCUGUUGUGCCAAAGCCAUUUGCUCGAGUUUCGCACGGAAGAGAGCCCUCAUGCUGAGUUGAUGACGGAAGGCCAGGCAACGAACGACUGCUUCGUUGUGUUGCAAGGCCACGUGAACGUAACCUCACACUCGUCCACGGACGGUGCGAGAACCGCAAUUGAAAAGCGUGGCCUGUGGAGUUUGCUUGGGGCACAUGCUUUGCUGGAGCUGGAUGCAGACAGCGACAUCACGGUCGACAUCCCGAGCGACGAGUACGUGCGAUGCCUGCGCAUUUCCCGCCUUGACUUCCAAGCGACGUUGUUUCCCAUGCACAUUGUCGAACAGCCUGCCGUGCUGGCGGAACGCCGUCUCGAAAUUCAGGUCCAUGCCGUCCCGACGCAGCACGGUGUGUCUAGCCAGGCAACCCCCAUCCUUGUCCCGCCAUCCCCAGCGUUCCAUAGUGAUCUCGACCAAAGCAGCAGCACGGUGCCGUACACUCUCGACGCGCGGGAAUCGAUGUAGAAGUGAUUGGCGCAGAAGAACGUCAAGCAAGUCUCCUCCUUCCAUACAUCCUUGGUGUUUCCCGAGGUUUUCACCUCCCACUUUGUGUGCGGAACAGUCCUUCCGUGCUGCUCGCAUCGCUGGGCGUGUUUUGUCGCAAUGAUGCCAAUCGAAUGGAGGUCACAAACUCUCUC